AUGAGUCUGGACACGCUGUUUCAACAAAUCCUAUUCACUGAACAACAACUAACAGAGCAAACGCAGAGAUUCAAAGAAGUUAAAGUAGCCAUAAUCAGAUGCAAUGAGAAGAUCAAGACUGCCACAGAAAAGUAUGAGACGAUCAGUGAGGAGCUUGAUGAGAAGGCUCAGCGGUUAUCUGCGUUGAAGCUGCAGCGUGAUCUCAUGAAGAAAUGUGAAGACCAGAUGUUGAAACAAAUUGAGGAGCUGCUCUGCCAGAAGAACGGCCUCGGGGAACGUCUCGCCAAGAUAAAGAAGGAGUCUAAAGAAGAACAGGAACACUUCCUUCAGGAGAUUUCACGCUUUAACAGUGAAUUCAGUCUUCAAGGAAACAGUGAGACAGUGUUCAGGAGCCAAAAGCACACUGAGAUCCUGAACCUGCAGAGGGAGGUGGACUCGUUAUACCAAGAGAUGGAGAUCAUGAGCCAGAGGAACAGUCACAUGAGCUCCGUACAGGAAGAGAAGAGAGAGCUCCAGCUCCAGUUACAAGGCCUCAAAAACAUCUGGAAAGACUUGGAUCGGCAGCUGAGUGAAACCGUAGCAACGACAGAGCGUCUGAGAGCAGAGAGCCUGUUUGUCAGUCAGAAACCUCUCACUGACACCACCUGUCUGAGGUGAGUAUUAUCAACUGUCUGGAUGCUGAG